AUGACGGCCCUUCAACCAUCCAUCGAGUACUUGUCCACGGGAGCUAACCGGCAGACUGACAUUGCUGACUGGAGCCCAUGCGGUCUACUUGCCUAUGGUGCGGACUCCAACAUUGCCCUGUGGACACCAUCUUCACAAAAUGACGAAGGAAUUGUCUCUCUUCUGAGUGGGCACAAGGAGGUCGUCAAGACGGUCAAGUUUCUCCUCCAAGUGGACGGAGAGGACCGCAAACUCCUCGUCAGCGGCUCCGAUGACCAGACGCUCAAGGUCUGGUCCCUGGACCCCAAGACCAACCAGGGAGAGUGCGUGCAAACGGUUCACGAGCACUCUGCGCCUGUAAACUGCAUAGCGAUUCUCCACUCGAGAAACGCACCUAAACAGUUUCUCCUCGCCUCGGGAGCCGCCGAUGCGACCAUCAAGAUCUGGCAGCUCACCGCGGGCCGGCUGCAGCUCCGCCAGACCAUCAAGACCAGUCCCAAGUACUUCCCCUUGUGCUUGGCUCUGACGACACUGGAUGAGGCCGAGGAUGUCUUCGUCCUGGCGGCGGCGGGAACUAAGACAUUCGUUCAAAUCUUCGUGGCCGCUGCCGCCGAAGAGACACUUGACUUCAAGCUGCAGGCUACCCUGUCAGGCCACGAGGGUUGGAUCCGGUCUCUGGACUUCACAUGGGAGAAGGCCGGUUCAAAUAGCGAUCUUCUCCUUGCCUCGGCGAGUCAGGACAAGUACGUCCGACUCUGGCGCCUUCACCUGGGCAAGGAGCUACCGUCGCUCGCCGCAGAGGGCUCGGAUCCUUCCAGCGGCGCCUACCUUCCGGGUAAGUCACCUUCAAACAAGGCCCACCGACUCCAAUCAGGCGGAAAGGACUUUUCCAUCACGUUCGAGGCCCUGCUCUUGGGCCACGAGGACUGGAUCUACAGCGCGAAAUGGUUCACCCGGAACAGCAAGCUACAGCUGUUAUCGACCUCCGCGGACAAUUCCCUCGCCAUGUGGGAGGCUGACAGCGCGUCGGGAAUCUGGGUUAGCAUGGUAAGGCUCGGCGAAAUCAGCAGAGAAAAGGGCGCGACAACGGCGACGGGCAGCAUCGGCGGCUUCUGGACUGGCCUAUGGGGCCCCGACGGCAAGUCCGUCGUUUGCCUCGGCCGGACGGGAAGCUGGCGCCGCUGGGUUUACAACGAUGAGCGCGCCGACUGGCAUCCCGCCAUCGCCGUCACUGGUCAUACCAAGACCGUCACGGGCAUCGCAUGGUCGCGCGAUGGAGACUACCUCAUGUCGACGAGCUCCGACCAGACGACACGCCUCCACGCUCGCUGGAAGCGCGGCGCGGCUCGCUCGUGGCACGAGAUGUCCCGGCCUCAGAUCCACGGCUAUGACCUGAACUGCAUCGACACCCUCGGCGCGUCGCAAUUUGUCUCUGGCGCCGACGAGAAGCUCAUGCGCGUCUUCAGCGAGCCGCGCGCCGUGGCACAAAUGCUCCAGACCCUCGGCGGGAUCCAGACGGACGCGCCGGCCGAGUCCAUGCCGGAUGGCGCCAACAUGCCUGUGCUCGGCCUGUCCAACAAGGCCAUCGACGCCGUUGACGACGACCAGGAGGUCCAGGCCGACAGCCAGUACGACCGCGAGGCCAUCGACCCGGCCACGAUCGUGCGCAAGUCCAUGCUCGAUAUCGACCACCCGCCCUUUGAGGAGUCGCUGUCGCGGCACACCCUCUGGCCCGAAACGGAGAAGCUGUACGGCCACGGCUACGAGAUCUCCUGCCUGGCCGCGAGUCACGACGGCAAGCUGAUUGCCAGUGCUUGCAAGGCGAGCUCGCUGAACCACGCCGUUAUCCGCAUCUUCGAGACGGAGCGCUGGACCGAGGUCAGGCCGCCUCUGAUGGCGCACUCCCUCACGGCCACGAGACUCCGCUUCUCGCCGGACGACAAGCUCAUACUAAGUGUCGGGCGAGACAGGCAAUGGGCUGUCUUCGAGCGUGACGAGAAGGAGCGCUCGCAGUACCGGCUCCUCCAGGCCAACCCCAAGGGCCACACGCGCAUGAUCCUGGACGCCGCGUGGGCCCCGUCUACGAGUGCCAGAGUCUUCGCGACUGCGGGACGUGACAAGAACGCCAAGGUCUGGGUGGGAAAGGCCCAGGAGGGCGGCACGAUGGAGUUCGCCCUGGCGUCGAGCCUCGCUUUCGACGGCCCCGUCACGGCCGUCGACUUCCUCGGCAGACAGGGCACGGCAGGCGAGCUCAUCCUCGCGGUGGGUACCGAGUCCGGCAAGAUCUCACUCUGCACCUUGGCCCCUGAGACCUUCCAGUCAGUCGGCACAGUCCAGCUGGUACCGCAUCUGUGUCUUCCCAAACCAGUGGCCCAGCUCGCGUGGCGUCCCUCCAAUAGCGAUGGCGACGCAGACGAACUGGCCAUCGCUGGCGAGGAUAGUUCCCUGAGGAUAUACGGCUUCACCGGACAGGGAGCAUCCACCUCGACGAGCAAAUGA